AUGGGAAUAAAUAUGUUAGAAAUGCCGGGAAUGGUCAAAGAAAGCAAGGAAUGGGCAGAAUUAUAUAAUGAUGCACUUGAUCGUUUUUAUGUGCAUAAACUAACAUUUACUGAAGCUCAUCACAUUCUAGUUUCAGUGUCUGAGGUACUCCAUGAGAAGGAUUUUAAUAUUAAAAUUAUAGAAGAUGCAUUAAAUAAAGCAACAAUUAAUUAUGAAAUAAAUGAAGAAUUAAUUGAGUUGAAUAAACAUCCAAAAAAUAUAAAUCAAAUGGAAAUUGUUAAAGAAAGAUUUUCCAAAUUGGAAACAAAUAUCCAGCUUCGGUUGCACAUCCAACAAUGCUUACUUGCCGCUUAUUUACUCAAAUUUACCUUAGCUAAUUUAAAUUUAAAUUUAAAAGAUAUAAAUGAGCAACGAAAAUUCUUAGAAAUUUUACAAAAUAAAUUAAACGGCAAAUCAACAGAAAAUAUUGAAAAUGAAUUUAAAGAAAUUGAGCAAAAGGCCACAUUUUUAAUUAAGGUUUGUAAUGAAGGAAUUCAAACUAUUUGUUUUUACUUAAUCGGUUUUUAUCGAGUGAACCACUUGAAUCGAGUUUAG